AUGUCAUCAGUCAAAAGCAAGAAGUCCAUGCUCCCACCCAUCAACUUGAUUUUUAAAUACUUACAACAACAAUCUGUUGUGACGAUUUGGCUUUAUGAGCAAACACAGCUGAGAAUUCAAGGCAAAGUGAGAGGGUUUGACGAAUUUAUGAACAUAGUCAUAGAUGAGGCUGAAGAAAUUAGCACGAAAGAUGGAUCACGAGAAACGCUAGGCAGGAUCUUACUAAAGGGUGAUAACAUCACUUUGAUUUCUAGUUUGGAUGUCUAG